GGCCCCUGGGCGUUGCGAGCGGCGGGUGGGUCCUUCGCCCCUCGCCCUGUCAGCGCGGCGAUGCCGCUGUACGAGGGCCUCGGGAGCGGCGGCGAGAAGACGGCGGUGGUGAUCGACCUGGGCGCGGCCUUCACCAAAUGUGGCUUUGCAGGAGAAACAGGACCAAGAUGUGUUAUUCCCAGUGAAAUAAAGAAACCUGGCAUCUCAAAGCCCAUCAAAGUUGUUCAAUGCAACAUCAACACAGAAGAGCUAUAUUCCUACCUGAAGGAGUUCAUCCACAUGCUCUAUUUUAGGCACUUGCUGGUCAACCCCCGAGACCGUCGUGUUGUGAUUGUGGAAUCCGUGCUGUGCCCUUCCCAUUUCAGAGAGACACUCACAAAAGUUCUGUUCAAGUAUUUUGAGGUUCCAUCGGUGCUGUUUGCCCCAAGCCACCUGAUGUCUCUCCUGACCCUUGGGAUUAAUUCUGCGAUGGUCUUAGAUUGCGGCUACACAGAAAGUCUGGUCCUACCUAUUUAUGAAGGGAUUCCAAUUCUCAGCUGCUGGGGUGCCCUUCCAUUGGGAGGAAAAGCCAUUCACAAAGAGCUGGAGAACCAGUUACUGGAGCAGAGCACUGUGGAUACGGGAGCCACCAAGGGACAGAGCCUUCCCUCCGUGAUGGGUUCUGUUCCAGAAGACAUUGUGGAAGACAUUAAAGUUCGCACUUGUUUCGUGAGCGACCUCCAGCGGGGACUGAAAAUUCAGGCAGCAAAGUUCAAUAUGGAUGGCAGCGCUGAGCGCCCAGCUCCACCCCCAGAUGUAGAAUAUCCCCUGGACGGAGAGAAGAUUUUGCAUGUGAACGGAGCAAUCAGAGAUUCUGUCGUCGAAAUACUCUUUGAGCAGGACAAUGAGGAGAAAUCGGUGGCCACUUUGAUACUGGACUCACUUAUUGAGUGCCCCAUAGAUACCCGAAAGCAACUGGCCGAAAACCUCGUGGUGAUGGGCGGCACUGCCAUGUUGCCGGGAUUCUUGCACCGGUUAAUGGCGGAGAUCCGGUACCUGGUGGAGAAGCCAAAGUACAAGGAGCUGCUGGCCUCGAAGACCUUCCGUGUGCACACGCCGCCCGCCAAGCCGAACUGCGUGGCGUGGCUGGGGGGAGCCAUUUUUGGAGCCCUCCAAGACAUCCUCGGAAGUCGCUCAGUGUCAAAGGAAUACUACAGCCAGACGGGCCGCAUCCCUGACUGGUGCUACCUGCACAACCCUCCUCUGGAAACCAUGUUUGACGUGGGAAAGACGCCUCCCCCCCUCAUGAAAAGGGCCUUUUCCACUGAGAAAUAGGAGCUCGCCUGAGACGAGAGUUUUGCUCGCAUCGUGCCACCUGCCUUGCUCUUUCGCCUGAUGCUGAGACUGCCGCGGCGAAGGACGCAGCUUGCUGAGCGGGCCUGCACGGUUGAAGUGUGGGGCAGCGAGCAAGAUUCGGGCCACUCUUUCCCCCUUGUGUCCACCACACCGGUUGAAGAUGAGACCCUAGUGGUAUGCGUGUUUAUAUGUACAGGUGAUUGCAAGAUAAACGCCUGAGCUGUCAACCUUGAUUAUUUAAAGUAAUUCAGUAGAGGAUUUUUUUUUUAACGCUGCUUGGGACCUAAACCUGCAUGGGCAACUUUGGCUGCCAGUAUCAGUGUGACGUUUUGCACGGUUAAACCAUUAAAAACCAAUUUCCUUGA